AUGGAUCCACAGCUCGCCUUUGCUUUUCCCCAGCAGGUCUUUGGCCGGAAUGUCGCCGACACCUUCUCCGAUAAGGAUGACGAGAAGUUCCAACAGAGGAUCCGCGCCAAGCUUGAUGCCAACGUCUAUGACCAGUCAGAGGUUGGCCACAUCUUUUCCUUGGAAAAUGGGGGCUCCAGCUGCCGUGAGAAUGUCUUCAUGCAGGAACGCCAGUGGAAUAACCAAAUCUUCUGUGAUGAGUUGCAUGUGGCCUACGUCGGCUGGCACAAGGCUCAGACGGCCUGGCGGGUGGCCCAGAGAACUGCGAAGUUCCAGGAGGGCUGCUGGAAGACCUGGACCUUGGAGCAGAUUCGCAACAAGGGCGUGGAGGAUUUCCGGCGGAUGGGCCUCUGGGUGAGGGAGGCCGGCGGCUUUGACGUCAGGUCGCCUGCCAUCCUGGAGGGAAGGGUGAGGAUCCUUCCCAGUGGCAUGCCGCUUGGGGUGCACGACUGCAUGCGCAGGGUCGUCGUGGACGAGUCGCCGAAUCAUGACAUCUACGGUGGGAUCGAUCUGGGUGAUGACGACUCCCCCUACAUCCUUGCGGCCCCGGCUCAGCAGCGGCCGCAGCUGGAGCUGCAGCCGACCUCGGCAGCGCGCGCCCGGCGCCUCAGCGCGGAUCGCACGGAGCUCUUGGCGAACCAGCGGGAGGUGUCUUUGAGGCGAAGACCUGAGGCCCAAGGAAGAUCCUGCCCGUGCUUCGAAUGCUAUUUCAUGUAG